AUGUUAUCAACUGACGUUCUUGCAUUUUUCACGACUCUUGAUUAUCAAAAUGUUCUCGUAUUUUCGAUACUCGCCUUUAUUCUAUACACAAUAAACUUCUAUAUCUUGUACUUCAACCGAGAAAACGCGCUUCCUGGCCCGCUUCCUUUACCUAUACUAGGCAAUCUUCUUCAUUACGCCAUGCAGGGGGACAUGGUAGUAUGGGCUGCUGCUCUUCGCGAGAAGUAUGGGGACAUGUGGGAGGUGUACGUGGGAUCCGAGAGACACGUAUGGGUCUCGAGAGCCGAGUUGGUGGACAAACUAUUUAGUAUAUCAACGAAGAGUAAUUACAAAUGUAGAACAAAUGGAAAUAGAGCAAUCGGCGAGAUAAAAAUGUUAAACCACGGAGUUUUUCUGAAUAGAGAUUUGGAUGUUUGGACUUUCAAUAGGAAGAUGAUGAAACUCGUGUUAACAUCCGCCGAGUUCAUUGAUUAUGCUAUCAAACGCGUGCCGAAGGUGUUUGAGGAAAUGGAAGGAUAUUGGGCAGAGUUGGGAUACAUAGACGGCGACGAUAAAAUAUUUAAUCUUCCAGACUGGUUUCAUGCAUUAUCUCUAGAUAGCAUAGUAUUCUUAUCUACUGGUAAGAACGGUUGCGGUCUUGCAUCCCUCCUCCUCUCUAGCUCACCUAAUUCCGCGGUAUCUUAUUCUGCCGAAACUUUGAAUGAGACCAAGGAACUCCGCGAUUCGUGGUCGACGUUCUUUGACACUCUACGCACGGCUAUAUUUGUUCCCGACUUUAUUAGAUUGGGCACUCCGCUUGGGUUGAUACAAAGAAGGAAGUUUCUGAAAAAUUUCCACUGGUUGAAUAACAAUCUGUUGACGAUGAUUAGAGAAAAGAGAGCCGAGGUUGAAAGCUACGAUAACAAUGAUGGACUAAAAGGCGACUACAAUAUGCUGAAAUUGUUGUUGGUUGCGAAUACCCCUCGUGGACCUAGCGUGAAGAGAGGAUCGGAUAGAAUAGACAGAGCCAUGACUGACGAUGAGAUUAGAGGACUAUUGUUAGAAGUGCUCGUUGCGGCUAUAGAAACUUCUGCCAGUCUUAUGUGUUUUAUCAUAUAUUUGGUCUGUCGUAACCCAGAAGUAAAGAAAAAAAUACGGGAGGAGGUCGAUCCACUGUUCAGAGAUGACCCGACGCGAAAAUUGCAACUUGAUGACCUGAAUAAUCUUCCUUACAUUGAAGCUGUUAUCAAAGAAGCCUCGCGUCUUUUUCCUCCUGGGCCCAUUAACCACAGAGUUUCAUCACAUGAAGACGAUAUUGGUGGAUAUACAUGGAAGGCGGGAACGCAAUUCAUGAUAGACGUGAUUGGUAUUCAAAAACACCCUGCGCACUGGUCUAAUCCUGAGGAAUUCAUUCCUGAGCGGUUUCUUUCUCAAUCUGAAGAUGUUGUUAAAAAUUCUUUUCAAACAUUUGGAGGAGGGCUGCGUAUAUGUCCGGGUAGACAGUAUGCAAUGUUUUUCAUGAAAAUUGCUCUAGCAUUAUUAUAUAAUAGAUAUGACAUAGAGUUGGCUAAUGAAAAUGAGAAACCGGCGAUUAUAUACAAGGUUACGCUUUACUGUCAUGGAUUGAAGGUUAAAAUGAGGAGACGGAACAUCGCUUGA